UCCGGCUCUUCAUCUUCGUUUCACACUCUCACCUCAUCAAAGGAAGGUCUUGUGACUACUUCGUUUGUUCAUCCACCUAUCCACCUGGCUAUUUAUAUUAACAAGGAUUUCAUAUCUCACGCAUCCUUUCCAAAAAAGGUCAUGAAGUUGGUGGUGGUACUAGCACUGUUGUGCUGUAUAACGAUGGACGUUAUGACAACGCCUCUGCCACAAUCAAAUUUAAAAAACUGGACAGCCCAACUCGUUGAAUCAAGGCAGGCUUCAGUAGCUCCGGUUCCAGCGGUCAGUGUCGACGAUGAUGACGAUGAAGAUGAUGACGUUGAUCUCGAUAUUACUGGCGAAGAUGAUGAUGACGAUGACGAUGAAGAAGAGGAAGACGACGACGACGACGAUUAUCUCGAAAGGUUCAUCGAUGAAGUACUCGGAGGUGAGGACGACGAUGACGACGACGAUGAAACAAAUGCUGUAGAACCUGCAACGAGUGCUGCGGCUUCAGCAGUGCAGCCAGUAGCUGCUUCCGCCAAUUCUCCCGUCAUUCCUCCCAAUGUCCAGGCUGAUUUAAAUGAGGAAUUAAACUCUGCAGCUGCUACUGUUAGCGAUGUUGACUCGUCCGUUGCCGACGAAACUGGAUCUUAUGAAGAUGACGAGGCGCCAGAAGGUCAAGCUGCGACCGCUGUUCAAGACGGAGCAAUUGAGGGUGCUGAGUCAGUAUCAAAUUCGGUGGUACUUCAGCAGGCAACCAGUGGUGCUUCAUUAGCUGCCAGCGCUGCCUCAUCUGCUACAGCUGACGAUGAUGACGACGACGACGACGACGAAGACGUAGACCUCGACAUAACCGGCGAUGAUGAUGAUGAUGAUGAUGAUGACGACGAGGAGGAGGAGGAGGAUGACGAUGAAAGUAUCGAUGAUGAAGACGAUGACGACGAUGAUGAUAUCGAUGGACUCGCAGACAUUGCAUCCGCAAGACGGGCUCCACGUGAGUUGAAGGGCAAGGGCAAGAAGCACCGUAGCGGCGCCUCAGCUAAGUCUGCCAAGUCCCCGCAGAAGCCUACAGCACCCGUCGCUUCCAAGCUUAGCGCCAUGAUUACUGCACCAAAUGCCGAUGUCUCAACAAUCUACGUGGCAAAAUACAACCGUUUUGUUGAUACUAUUCUCAGUCGAAUCAAUAAAAUUCUGAAGGACAAGUACGAUCCGGUCACUGUCAAACUUACAAAUCUGAAUUCAAACAAUAAGAAUAAGAGUAAGAACAAAGAUAAAACCAAAAACAAGAAUAAAAACAAGAAACUGAUUAGAAGAAUUAAUAAAAGUUUUGUGAAGAAGAAUGAAGUCGUCAUCCCCGAAAACAAGGACAAUACCUAUGAUCCCAUUCUAAAUUUCACUGACAACUCUGAAAUAAUGAAGCUUCAAGAACUUACGAAGGCGUCAAAGAUUAAUUCAACGAUCAAUAAUUCCUUGCAAAAUACAACUGCAACAUCAGAACUAGUAACAAGAUUAAUAACCAACGAAGUUUCCGCUUCAUCAAGUACCCGCGGUUCUAAUAGCAAUUAUGGAAAGAAAAAGAAUAAUAAACCAAACUCUAGAAUAAAGAGUGGAAAUAAAAGUAAAAAUCCAAAUAGGAACAUUUCAAGUAACAGGAUAAAAGCUUCAAUUACAACGACAAUGGCGUCAAUGAUAUCGACUAAGAAACCACGAUCUAAAGCCAGAGCUACGCUUUACGGACUAUCAUCGUUGAAACGCGCCGGUGACGUUUCUGUUAAUUUGAUGAGUGAUCACACAACCAUUAGAACCAAAUUCAAUCUAGGACCACUUGUACUUAAAGUAGAAAAAGAAUUCGGUAGAUCAACGAGAAAAGAGGUGCGCAGCGCUACUGCCACUACAGCUGAAAUGUCUGGACGCUUAAGUCUUCGGGUCUAUCAUGGUGGUGCUGCCACACUUCAUUCCAUUCGUGUUCUACAACCUAAACAAAUGCGUAUUGAAAGUGCAGACGACCACGAUAGAACACGAGAAUUUGUUUGGAAACGUUCGUCGCAUAUCGCUCAUCUAGUCUCUCAAAAACUAUCUUCAGCAACGCGUUCGAUGUUGCAACCACCUCCUGCUCCACUGACAGACAUUCUCUGAGGAUAAAUAUUAACUGCCAUUUAUGCUUUCUAUUGGGUAAAACAAUUACAAACACAAAUUAUUCCAAUCUGAAAUUUUAGUCUCAUAUUCUUCAUUUUGGUCUUUCAGAAAAUUAAAAAUAAAACUUGUCUCGUUUUAUCUUAUUUAUAAAAA